CCCGUCGGGCAAUCAGCACCCUGCCCGGGAUCCGGCCGCGCGGGGGCGCACGGGCCGCCAACCCUCGGGACCCCGGCCUGGGCGCGUCCCGGAGGCUCCGGCCGGGAGGGGCGGCCCGAGCUCCCACACCCACACCUCGGGCCCCGCCGUUUCCGCUCGUCCUAGGGCCUCCCGGGGAGCCCGGAACCGCUGCCUGGGCUCUACGCAACCGGCAGGCCACUGGGCACUCCCUCCCACACCCUCUGCAGUGAGACCAUGAGGCCACGACUGGACGGGGGCCAGGGUCUCCUAGAGUCCUGGAGUGAGUCCAGCCGGUCUGCAGUGCGCAAAUGGGGAAACUGAGGUCCGGAGCAGCGGAAUGGCUGGUCCCUGGCCACACAGGAAGUUGCAUAGAGCCCCCUCGAUCCCCCCAGACCUCGUCUCUUCCAGAACCUCCUGCUUUUGCUGUGGACCCUCUUCAGCUGUAGUUUGGGGGGCAGUGCUCAGGGUCCAGGGGAGUGGACACCGUGGGGAUCCUGGAGCCGCUGUUCCAGCUCCUGCGGGCGGGGCGUCUCAGUGCGAAGCCGGCGCUGCAUCCGAUUCCCCGAGGAAGACCCGUGCUGGGGGGACAGCCAUGAGUACCGCCUCUGCCAGCUGCCGGAAUGUCCCCUCGGGGCCGUGCCCUUCCGAGACAUACAGUGUGCACUCUACAAUGGCCGCCCUGUCCUGGGCACGCAGAAGACCUACCAGUGGGUGCCCUUCCACGGGGCGCCCAAUCAGUGCGAGCUCAAUUGUCUGGCCGAGGGGCAUACCUUCUACCACAGCUUUGGCCGCGUCCUGGAUGGGACUCCCUGCACCCCAGGAGCCCAGGGUCUCUGCGUGGCUGGCCGCUGUCUCGUGCCUACGCCGGCUACUGGAACGUGACCCUGAUCCCCGAGGGCGCCAGACACAUCCACGUAGCCCAGCGCAGCCGCAACCACCUGGGUACCGUGCAGUCGAAAGUGGGAGGCGCUGGUCCCUGGUUGCAGCUUGGGGAGUGGUGGGGAAACUGAGGCCCGGGGUAGUGGGAACGGGGUGUGCGGGUUCCCAGAACACUUCCCUUGCAGCGCUGGUGACGGGCGACGGGCGGUACGUGCUCAACGGGAACUGGGCGGCCAGCCCGCCCGGCACCUACGAGGCCGCGGGCACCCACGUGGUCUACAUCCGGGCCCCCGGGCCCGAGGAGACGCUGCACGCCGCCGGGCCCACCUCCCAAGACUUGCUCCUGCAGGUCCUCCUGCAGGAGCCCAACCCCGGGGUGCAGUUUGAGUUCUGGCUCCCUCGGGAGCGCUAUGGCCCCUUCCAGGCGCGGGCGCAGACUCUGGGCUGGGCCCUGCGGCAGCCUCAGCCCCGGGAGGUGGAGCCCCGGCCUCCGGAUCCUCCCCCAGCCGCCCGGGCCGCCGUCCCCACGAGGGCCCCGACCUUGGUCCCAGACCCCUGUCCACCGUGCCCCGACACCCGCGGUCGCGCCCACCGGCUGCUUCACUACUGCGGCAGCGACUUCGUGUUCCAAGCCCGAGUGCUGAGCCGCCACCACCAGGCCCAGGAAACCCAGUAUGAGGUUCGAAUCCUGCUGAUUUAUAAGAACCGAUCACCACUACGGACUCGAGAAUAUGUAUGGGCACCAGGCUACUGCCCCUGCCCACCUCUGGCUCCCCAUCGAGAGUACCUGCUGGCUGUCAGGCGCCUUGUCAGCCCUGAUGGCACACAAGACCGACUGCUGCUGCCCCAUGCUGGCUAUGCUCGGCCCUGGAGCCCGGCUGAGGACAGCCGGGCACGACUGGCCUCCAGGCGCUGUCCUCUCUGAACCUCUAGAAGAUGCCUUCACCAUACACAGCAAGACUGACUGACCUCAAACUCAAUGAAGCAUUUCCUUUCUCUGUGGCUCACCCUCACCCAGGAAAUUCAAAUAGCUCCCAUCUGCAGAGCCAUGUCAUUUCCCUGCCCCACAGACACCUUUGCAUACAGUUGGAUCCGUUGUCACAGACAGAUAGGCCCUGGUGACAAUAUAUACUAAGAGUGAGAUGCGAACUCAUUUCCCUUCCAUUUUGGCUGCCAGGAAUCUCAAACCUUUUCUUUUUUGGCCAGUCCUGUGGCUUGAACUCAGGGUCCGAGCACUGAGCUUCUUUUUGCUCAAGGCCACU